AUGAAUGAAUCAGUUAUGAAACAUUUGUCGAUUUAUUUAAAAAGGCAGAAAUCAAUCAACAUUAACGUCAAAUUAGAAGAAGCGGGUGAGUUGAUAUUUGAAAAAUUGCUCAGAGAUUUGCAAUUUGAGAAGAUAUUUCAAACAUUUGAUACACAUCCUGGUCAGCUCGUUAAAUUUCUGGUUAAAGGUUACGGUUUGAUAUUUUCAUAA